AUGUCCGACGACGAGCCCGACCUCGAACUCCUGGCCCUCCUCCGCCAGCGAUUCCAGGGGAAGCUCAACAUCGACGAUGAGCCCGAGACGGGCGUCCUCGAUGGCGCCGAGUUCGUCUACGACAACUCCAUCGAUGUCGCCAUCGACAUGAGGGCCACAAAGAGGGCCGCCGCCACCAUCUACGCCCAGAUGGAACAGAAGAAGUACUCCACCGCCACCUGGGCAGAGCAUGAGCUGCACCCAAAGACCAAGGAUGAGAGCACCGCCGCCUUCAUCUUCACCAUGGACCUGCUCAACUUUUGCUUCUGGUCCGAGAAGCCCGAGGACGAGAGGUACGCCGUCGAGUACCGCGGCAAGACCUGGACGGGCUACUGGAGCAUGGUCGCCUCGCUGCAGCGCGCCCUCGAGGAGGGCAUCCCCAUCACCAGCUCCGACUUUUGGCAGAGCGAGGACGAGUGUAACUUGGAGGUCCUUAGGCACGUCUUCCGCUCCAAGACGGAGGAGGAGAUGCCCCUUCUCGAGGAACGCCUGGCGUGCUUGCGUGAAGCCGGCACCGUCUUGUACGAGAGGUACAGUUGCAGCGUGACGAAACUCAUCCAGGCCGCCAACGGGUCAGCCGCAAGGCUCGUCAACCUGCUCGCCCGCAAUUUUGACUGUUUCCGCGAUGAGCAUAAGUUCGACGGCCGCCGGAAGCCAGUGAGGAUCCUCAAGAGAGCGCAGAUUCUUGUGGCCGACAUCUGGGCCUGUUUUGGCGGUGAGGGCAUCGGUGCCUUCAAGGACAUUGACAAGAUCACCAUGUUCGCCGACUACCGGGUCCCGCAGAUCCUCAGCACCAUGGGAUGUCUGUACUAUAGCCCUUCGCUGGCGACGGCUAUCACUGAUAAGCGAGUUAUUGAGAGCGGAUCGAGGUUGGAGUUGCAAUUGAGAGCGUGCAGUAUUUGGUGCGUUGAGCUCAUCAAGCGGGAGAUCCAGAGGGACCACCCCGGGACGAGCGUCAAUGCUAUUUUGAUCGAUUUCUUUUUGUAUGAUACCAUGAAGGAGCUGGAGGCCGCUGGCACAGAGACGGAAGGACAUCACCGAACGCGGAGUAUUUGGUACUAG